AUGUCUACCAAUUCUUCCGAACGUACAGUCUCCGCUGCCGGCUCUCCGUCUCCGGCCGGCGGACCCUCUCUCGCCGGCGCUCAUCAUUACGUGACGAUGAAACUCGUGUCAUGUAACUUCUUGUUUUGGCGCGCUCAGCUGAUUCCCUUUCUCCGGGGUCAAGAAUUGCUAGGCUUUGUUGACGGCUCUCUUCCGUGUCCACCGGAGACCGUCACAGCUGCUCCACCAUCGGAGGGGUCGUCGGCAGGCACCACCACGGCGACCAUCAUCCCCAAUCCAGAACACCGUGCAUGGGUGAAACAGGAUCAGUUGAUCCUGUUUCUCCUGAUUUCAUCCAUGUCGGAUGAAGUGCUACAUUUAGCGCUUGGCCGAGCCACAUCGGCGGAAAUUUGGCAAUCCAUCACCUCCGCACUCGGAUCCUCGAGCCAAGCCCGUUGUCUCAACCUUCUUGGGCAAUUCCAGCUGCUCCGUCAGGGCAACUCCAUGACUGCAAACUAUCUCAGUCGAGCCGGGGUUCUCGUCGAGGCUUUAGCCCAGGCCGGUAGGACUCUCUCUCUAAUGGAGCAAAAUUUGUACGUGCUUCGUGGGCUCCAACCGGAACUGAAGGCCAUGGCAGCGUCUUUCACCGCCGGGAAUGCCGUGCCGCUAUCACACCUCUCCGAUUACCUCCAGGCGCAUGAAUUCAUCCUUGUGGAUGACUACCCCACCGGCGACUCCACUGCUUCACAUUCGGCGUUUUAUGCAGGCCCUGGUCGCGGCUCAUCCAGAAAGCUAUUCUCUAAUCCCUUUGAUAUAUGA